AUGACUUUACAAUCUGCAAACAAGAUAAGAUCAGUUGCCGUGAUUGGAGCCGGCCCGGUCGGUGCAGGAAUCACGAAAGCGCUUUUAAAUGAAAAGUACUUUGACAAAAUCCAAGUUUUUGAGAAACGUGGCGGAUUUGGUGGGCUCUGGAAUUAUACAAAGCCCAUCUUCAAGCAGAAAAAGGUGACAUCUUGCCCACAGAUCCCAUGUGAGUCCGCAUGGGAGCGGCUGGAGCCCUUCGUGCACGACAAACAUGGUCCCGUGUUCCAGACGGCCGUGUACAAGUAUCUAGACACCAACGUGCCCAAGCAACUGAUGGAAUACGACAGUUUCCCGUUCCCAGCCGACGUUCCGCUCUUUCCCAGCCGUGAACAGGUGCUCGAGUACUUGAUUAGGUACUCGAGACCUAUCGAGGAACACGUGCGGUUCAACAGCGAGGUUAUCGAGGUCGAGUACAACGACGAACGUGCCAAGUACGUGCUGUCAACGAAAGACGUUGUGGCGGGCGGUGUCGAGCGGUUUGAGUUCGACGCGGUUGCGGUCGCAACCGGGUUUUACGAUCUGCCCUAUGUGCCUGACCGCCUGGGUCUCAAAGAAUGGCACGCCGCGUACCCGGACUCUGUGUCGCACGCAAAGGACUUUGACGCCCCAGAAGACUUUGCUGACGUCAAGGGCGAGAUCCUCAUCGUGGGCAACAGCGCGUCGGGCUCGGAUCUAGCCUUUGAGCUUGCCACGACGCUGAACAAGCGCAUUUACAAGUCCAAAAGAAGCGAAUCCGCACAUCCUGCGGGUUCCGAUGACAGGAUCGUUGACGUGCUAGAUGUAGAGUCAUUUGACGCCACAAACAAGUCAGUACGCUUUAUCGACGGUACCGUUGUCUCAGGCGUCGAAAAAGUUGUGUUUUGCACGGGCUACCUCAAAUCGCUACCAUUUUUGCCCUCGGCCGGCCGCACGACAAGCGCGGCCGCGGGCGCAAGGCCACCUCCCGCCAAUUCCGGAAACUCGAUCCUUGCGUCUCUGAUCACCUCGGGAGCCCGUGUCCACAACUUGUACAACCAUAUCGUCCCGUUCGAUCUUCCCACGUUCGGUAUCAUUGGUCUACCCAGAUAUGUGCUUCCUACGCGACUGAGCGAGACUCAGGGUGCAUGGCUUGCACGCGUUUGGAGUGGCCGCGUCACCCUGCCCGCCAAGGCCCUUAUGCUUGAAUACGAGCGCUGGUUUACCGAGCACAACGGCGACAACGGCAAGUUUCACGACCUGUUGUUCCCGUUGGAUGUGCAGUACUCGCAGCGCCUGAACAAAGAAAUUGCGACCGCGGGGAACGGUGGCUAUUUCGGCGUCCAGUGGGACUCAGACCAGAUUAAACUUAGAAGCUCUAUAAAGCCUCUUAAAGAGGGCUAUCUCGAGUACCUCAGAAGUACCGGGAAAAAGGCUCACGACAUCCCAGAACUGGAAAAAGCAGGCUAUUUCCAGUGGCCAAAUGACGCCCUCACCAGCGUAGAAGUGCCAACACUCGCACCAUAG